UGUUGUCAAAACUCAAACGCGCUUUUGAUGAAUCUUUGCAAUCUCAUUUGUUGUGUUUGUGGGAAGUAACUGGUGACUGAUGCUGUUGUAGGAGACAUGACACGUAUUACUGCACAGAAGUUCUGCCCGUUUGGAUGUUUAGAAACUGUGGGUACGCUUCCUAUAUCCAUGCAAGACAGAAGUGAACGCAAGUGAUACCCGAGGAGGUGUCCCGUACUACAAACGCUUUAUGCCUCACAGAGAAAUCAUGAAAGAGCUGGUCACGGGCAACUGCACAGAAACAACAAUGUCUGUGACCAUUCCCGUCCACAUUAAAGAAGAGCCACAAGGUACCAGCUAUUCUGCAUUGCCUGGAAACUGUGAUACAACUGAAGACAGAUCUACAGGAAGAGAUAUAAGUGGACCUGCAGCCGUGAAGGAAGAUCCCUAUGGCAUCAGCUGUUCCGUUUCAGCUGCAAACUUGACAGGGACUCGCAAAGAUACACCAGUGGUUGUAUUUGACUCUGUCGGUGUGAAAGAAGAACCGUGGGACACUGCAAACCAUAUGAACACCGGGCAGUUCGUCAUAGGCUACUGUACAAAUGCAACAGGGACUAUAAGCCAUCCCGUUUGCAUCAAUGCAGAACCUCAAGGGACGAGCUUCGUUAUGUUACCAGGAAAUAAUGGGGCCACUGGGCAACUGACCUUUGCCGGCUGUUCAGAUCCAUCCGGAACUACAAGUCAUCCGCUCUGUAUCAGUAGAGGCCCUCAAGCAACCGGCUUUGUUAUGUUGCCAGGAAACCGCAGCAACACUGAGCAACUGAACCUUGGCAACUGUUCGGACGCAACAGGGACUAUAAGCCAUCCCGUCUGUAUCAGUGGAGCACCUCAGGGAACCAGUUUAGUUAUGCUACCAGGAAACCAUGGCAACACUGACCAAGUGACCACAGGUGAUGGUUCAGAUGCAACGGGGACUGUAAGUCGUCCUGUCAGCAUCAAUGGAGCGCCUCAAGGGACCAGCUCAGUUACGUUACCCGGAAACCAUGGAAACACUGAGCAACUGAGCCUAGGCGACUGUUCAGAUACAGCAAUGAACAAACAGAGACUCUACCUGCUCCAGUUGUUGGAAGAGUCUCCCGAGCUGUCGAACAACCGCGUCAGGCGGCCCGGUGAGACGAAGCUGCAGAGGAACCAGAAAUGGGGAGAGAUAGCGAAAAAGGUGAACGCCAUGGGCCCCGUGUAUAGGACGGCUACUGCUUGGAUGCAGUUGUGGAAGGACUGGAGGUAUCGCGUGCGGAGCCGCGCUCGAGGUGUGGUGCAGAAGUUGAGUGGCUGCAGCAGCAGCUCUGUGCCUGCGGACGGUGGCGACGCCAGUGGAGACAGAUGGCCGCAGGACAUCGUCUUCGAUGCAGCGUCUCACAUGAACGUGAUUGACUGCCGUGUCAUGGCCCUGAUCAGAAGGGAGGCCAUGCUGGAUGCUACGGGUACUUUUGAAGUGCUGCCUGGAAGCUCUGUUUUGGAUACAGCUGAUACACCAGAGGCAGCCCUUCAGUCAGCCCCUGAGUCAGCCUCUCAGUCAACUCCUCAGUCAGCUGCAGCAUCGCCCGCAACAGAAAGCUUGGCCGAGGGAGAACCCCAUUCGCCACAGCCAGAUACGGUCCCAUCAACCCAACCUGCAACUGAUAAGGUGGAAGAUGUCUCCCGUCCAGAGCUGAUGCCGACCGAAACCGAGGUGGGCCCCGUACGGAAUCCCAGGGAGCGCCGUAGGAGGAGGAGAAGAGUGCCACCGUCAAUUGCCAACCAAGUGCUGUCUAAUCAGGAGCAGCUCGUGAUGGAAGUACAGCUCCUCCGAAAGAGUAUAGCUCCAAUGGCAGAAUAUUUUAAACUCCUGCUUCAGAGAGAGAGGGCCAGGGACGCCAAGAAAUAAGGUACUCAAACAGUUGACGCUGCUGAAACAUCUUUCUGGACUGUACUACCUACACUGGGCUUUUCAGAAGAGAGUCGAGUUUAGACAGGUUGUAUUCAAACAAGUGAGGCUAGAAAUUGCUGUCACAUCAAAUAUUUUGCACAUGUGAGACGUUUUUGCAACGAGACAAGACACAGAGGAUUGAAAUAAAGAAAAAACAAACUGAAAACAUUGUUUGUGACUUCUGUUUGAGCAGUGUGACAUGUAGUUGAUGACAGCAAGUUUGAAGUUGUGAAGUGCAGGAGCAUGUACUGUCAGAAAACCUAUUCUCCUCAAUAAAAGAUGUAUAGUGUA